CUCUUAUCACGCCGUGAGAACAGAACAGUGCCGAACCGGACGCGUGUUUCUCUUCCAUACACCGCGCGUUGCUCACGGGGGCGCGGAUCCAGGGGCGCAGCUGGCGUCGGGGGCUCGAACCUGCGGAAAGGACACGAAUCCAGGACCGGGACUGACCCUGAGGAUGAUGAAGUUGGUCAGUGGGGGCUCUGUAGUGAAUGCCGAGGCAGUAUGGGACCAUGUGACCAUGGCUGACCGAGAGCUGGCCUUCAAGGCAGGCGAUGUCAUCAAGGUGUUGGACGCCUCCAAUAAGGACUGGUGGUGGGGUCAAAUCGAUGACGAGGAGGGCUGGUUUCCUGCCAGCUUCGUAAGGGUGGAGUCCCACCCCCCUCAAACCAAACAGCUUUUUUAUAUCAACCCUGUCGCUGCAUCACGCCUCACAAACGCCACGGCUAAGUUAUGGGUAAAUCAGGAGGAAAACACAGUGGUCGAGACUGCCGAAUGCUCCAGCGAGGUGCAGAACGGCCAUGCGGAGGCCAGUCCGAACCCUAGCACUGAUUGCCUGUGUCUGGGCCAGCCCACCCAGAACCGGGACCAGAUGAGAGCCAAUGUCAUCAAUGAGAUCAUGAGCACAGAACGACAUUUCAUCAAACACCUGAAGGAUAUCUGUGAGGGGUAUCUGCGUCAGUGUAAAAAGAGAAGAGACAUGUUUAAUGACGAUCAGCUGAAGGUGAUCUUUGGGAAUAUCGAAGACAUUUACAGAUUCCAGUUGAGCUUCGUCAGAGACCUGGAGAAACAGUUUAACACGGAAGAACCUCAUCUUAGUGAGAUCGGACCCUGCUUUUUGGAACACCAAGAUGGAUUCUGGAUUUACUCGGAAUAUUGUAACAACCACGUUGAUGCCUGCAUGGAGCUCACACGUCUCAUGCGAGAUGCAAGAUACCAGCACUUCUUUGAAGCAUGCCGAUUAGUUCAGCAGAUGAUUGACAUCGCCAUUGAUGGCUACCUGCUUACACCAGUCCAGAAAAUCUGCAAAUACCCUCUACAGCUAGCAGAGUUACUGAAAUACACAGUACAAGAACACAGUGAUUAUCGGUAUGUGGCUGCUGCGCUAGCGGUAAUGAGAAAUGUCACUCAGCAAAUCAACGAACGUAAACGAAGGCUUGAGAACAUUGACAAAAUCGCCCAAUGGCAGGCCUCCGUACUGGACUGGGAGGGUGAGGAUAUUCUGGACAGGAGCUCAGAGCUUGUGUACACUGGGGAGAUGUCCUGGAUAUAUCAACCAUAUGGCCGCAGCCAAACCAGAAUCUUCUUCCUGUUUGAUCAUCAGAUGGUCCUGUGCAAGAAGGAUCUCAUUCGCCGUGAUAUUCUCUACUACAAGGGCCGGAUCGAAAUGGAUCGAUAUGAGGUCAUCGAUGCAAUCGAUGGCCGAGAUGAUGAUUUUAACGUCAGCGUGAAGAACGCUUUCAAACUGGCCAAUAGAGACACAGAUGAGAUCCAUCUGUUCCUGCCCAAAAAGCUAGAGGAGAAAAUCCGUUGGCUUCGGGCAUUUCAAGAGGAAAGAAAGAUGGUCCAGGAAGAUGAGAAGAUUGGGUUUGAAAUCUCUCAGUAUCAGAAGAGGCAAGCAGCUCUGACUGUUAGGAGAGUCACCAAACAGAAAGAGCUGACGGGGGCUCUGCAGACAGGGUGGAGUUAAACUGUGUGUCGGUAAGUUGCUAACUAGUUUGUGAAAUACAUACUAGAAAGUUAAUAAACAAUGACCGUAUCAUUUUCCCUUCUCAAUAUUACUAAUAUAAUGUUAACUCUGUCCCUGACAACUAUGUCACUCAUGUCUGUUUGCUGUUAGCCAGCUAUAGUUUGUCAGUGCAGUCAGUAAUGUAGCAGAUUGAAAGGUAAACAUCAGAGCAUUUUUUUGCAGCUCAGCAGACAAGGAUUGUGUCUGUUGAGUGUUGAUUUCACACUAUGUCAUUACCUAUUUGGUGAGACACAAUGCUGGAAAGUAAAAUAAACAACGUCUGUCUUUUACUCUCCAUGACAACGAGCUUAUAGCUAACUAGCUAAUCACGUAGCUACUUUCAUUGUUGCAGCUGAGUGGAAGCUAAUGAUUAAACAUGUAUUCACCAAACAGUUUUGUUCAGGAUUCACAGUUUGGUGCCCCCUUCAACCGAACAAUUCCAGUCGUUACAUUCACAAAAUGUAAUAUUUCAAAGUCUGUGUGGCAGGGCGGAGGGCUGAUUAGCCUGAGAGGGAUAAAGGCUGACCGGAGACAGCAGUGCGACAGAGAGAGAGUUACGGACAGCUGUCCGACACCUGUGUCUGUUUGUCUUUUUGGUUCAGUUUCUCAUUAAAUAUUAUUUAUAUUGUCAAGCCGGUUCUCGCCUCCUCCUUUCCAUUGAUGUGUUACACUGGUGCUGAAACUCGGGAAGGAGGAGGAUGCGCCGUAGUAGAGUCCUCGCCACUACCAUCAACCCAAAUGGAGCAGCCAUGGCCAUCCGCCGGGGGACGGUGGAGCACGGCUGCCUGAAAGCGGAGGAACGGCCGCCGACCGCGGGGGAGGAGGGGCUUCUAACUGACCGCCUGGAGCAGUCAGGGCCGCUACCAGGGGCGGAGGAGACCCCUACCAGCUGCUGAAACAGGGAGCAGGGAGGGGCUCCUGGCCGACCACCUGGAGUGGGAGAACCGCUGCCAGGGGAGGGGGAGACCCCUUCCGUCCACCAAAAAUGCGGCGGGGCGUUCCGUCCGCCAGGGGCCAGAGGACUGCCUCCGAUCCGUCCAGGGAGGCGCGGCUGUCAUCCACCAGAGGGUGGAGGAGUGGCCGAGGACCAGGCAAGGCAUAUCGGAGAAUCGGCAAGUACAUUUUUUUUCUCUCUCUCUCUCCCGCUGCUGCUUCGUGUUGGCCUUUUCCCUCUCUUUUUAAAUGUUUUUGUUAAUUUGGCACGAUUGCCAUUACGGAGUGUAGGUGGCAAAUUUUUUUUUUGUUUCCCUCCCCUUGUCCCCUCCCCUGAUCCAGGUAGACGGGGAUGACCUGCCGGCAGACGGGCGGAAGGCACGCCCCCCCCCCCACCCCCCAGGAAAGGGGGUGGGGGGAUGUACGUCAUGCCGGGGGCUCCCCGGCCUGAGAGAAUGGGGGAGGAAUGUGGCAGGGCGGAGGGCAGGGCUGGGUCGUGCUUCUACACACCCGGCCCCUAAUAAGGCUGAUUAGCCCGAGAGGGAUGUCCGACACCUGUGUGUGUUUGUCUUUUUGGUUCAGUUUCUCAUUAAAUAUUAUAUAUUGUCAAGCCGGUUCUUGCCUCCUCCUUUCCAUUGAUGUGUUACAUUCUGGUUUUCCACUGUUGAAAGUUUCCCCUGAACUUGUAUAGCAGAAUAUGGUAGAACACCGCUGCUUAUCUUAUCUAGAAUUUGUUGACAAUGUAUUAUAAUAAUAAUGUCAAAUAUACUUUGAUAAAAAUAUUUGUUUAAGAAAGCAGCCUUCUGGGGGACCUGGGUAGCUCAGUGGUAAAAUACACUGGCUACCACCCCUGGAGUUCGCUAGCUCGCUAGUUCGAAUCCCAGGGUGUGCUGAGUGAUUCCAGCCAGGUCUCCUAAGCAACCAAAUUGGCCUGGUUGCCAGGGAGGGUAGAGUCACAUGGGGUAAAACUCCUCAUGGUCACUAUAGUGUGGUUUGUUCUCAGUGGGGCACGUGGUGAAUUGAGUGUGGAUGGCGUGAAGCCUCUACACGUGCUAUGUCUCCGUUGUAACACACUCAACAUGCCACAUCUUAAGAUGCAAGGGUUGACGGUCUCAGACACAGAGGCAACUGGGAUUCAUCCUCCACCAUUUCAUGGUCAUUUCAAAUUGGGAGAAAAAGGAAAAAAAGGAAAGCAGGCUUCUGAAUACCUUUGCAUAGUCAUAUCAGUGCAAAAUUGGUGAAAAAUCCACAUAGAAAAUGUCUGUUUUCAUUCUAGCUCAAAAAUUAACUAUAUUGGCCACCCUAUCGGUAAUCGGUGAAUUGUCCCUCUCUAAAAUCGAUAUCGGUAUCAGUCUCAUAUCGGUCAGGCUCUAGUUGUGGUUACACUUUGUUGAGUUGUGGUCUGAUUUUGUUGUGUUGUUGUUUAAUUUCAUUAUGUUGUGGCUGAAUUUCAUUGUGUUGUGGUUUAAUUUUGUUGUGUCGUGGUGUAAUGUUGUUGAGUUGUGGUUACAUUUCAUUGUGUUGUGAUUUAAUUUUGUUGUGUUGUGGCUUACUUUCUUUGUGCUGUGGUUUAGUUCCAUUGAGUUUUCUGCUUUUAUUUGCUUUACUGAUUUUGUCUGGGCCACUGUAGUAAUUUGUAAUGUUAACUUUUUGCAUUCACGCUUUACUCGGCCAUAACAUGUGCUGAUUACACUGUGUAAUUGUCAUUUAUAAUGAAACUGAUACUACUGUAUAGACAGGUGUAUAAAAGUGUUAACGGGCAGAAUACAGACAAAAGAAUGAUGAUAAAAGAGGCAUAUCUUAUUUUGGGCACAUGAGUGAACCAGCAUAUCAAACAACAGAGUGAAUGGGUACUUAAGAGUAUUUAAGUAGAUUUGAUUCCUUUUGAAGACUAGGUAAUCGAAAAAAAUUGCAUGACAUGUUCUUAGAAUAUGUCUCUACUUGAACAAUUGUACAGAUGUAGGUAAAUUUGCACCAGUUCACAAAAAACUCAGCACACCGAUGUG